AUGAGUAAACCUGAUACUAAAACUGGUCAAACUAGUUAUGAAGAACAAUUUACUGUAUUGGAGCAGGUAACACAAAGACCAGAUGAAGUGACACAUAAUAUUGCAUCACAGAAUAAUGACAGGAACAGAUUAAAUCAAUUCCUACCACCUGAUAAUUACAGAGUACCCCUUAAAGGAGAGCAUCCAGAUUACAUCAAUGCAGUUUUUAUUAAUGGUUACAAAGAAAAGAAAGCAUUCAUAAUUGCAGAGAGUCCAAUGUUUAAUACAGCUAGAAACUUCUGGAAGAUGAUUGAUGAUAGAAAUGUGACUGCUAUUGUAAUGCUAUGCCAAGAAAAUGAAAAUGAUCAAGAGGUUUGUUAUCAGUACUGGUCAAAUGGAAAAUUAGGAGAGUACAAUAUUUCACUUUUGAAUGAAGAAAUACACAAUGCUGGAUAUAUUGAGAGGAAAAUUGAAGUUACAAAUGACAACAAAGCUGGCGAUAAGCAACAAGUAAAACAGUAUCAAAUAACAAAUUGGGAUUCAACUGGAAAGAUGACUAACCCUCAGACUAUACUGUUGGUGAUAGAAGAAAUGUACAGAACACAAAGGAAAAGAGGAAACACAAGCAUUGUAGUACACUGCAGUGAUACAGUUGGUCGUUCAGCAAUGUUUUGUGCAGCUGCUACAACAAUUAAUAAAUGUAAAACUGAAGGAGUCAUUGAUGUAUUUCAAGUACUCAAAAGUCAACGUAUUCAAAAACCAGGCAGUGUACAGACUGUUUAUCAAUUUCAAGGAAUAUUUCAGAUUGUACUGUCGUACUUGGAUUCAUUUGAAACAUAUGCAAAUUUCACUACAUGA